AGUCAGCUUCAGUUUCCAUUUCCCGCCACACUUGUGAACCUCGCCGGCGAGGGUACAGUACAGUCAAUUGCUCUUCCUGCAUCUCUUCAGUGACGGCGGCGAAGAAGAAGAACAAAGAAGGAGAGAGAUGUUGUGGGUGGAUAAAUACCGUCCCAAAGCCCUAGACAAGGUCAUAGUGCACCAAGAAAUCGCUCAAAAUCUCAAAAAACUGGUGACGGAGCAGGAUUGUCCUCAUUUGCUGUUCUACGGGCCGUCUGGAUCGGGAAAGAAAACCCUAAUUAUGGCACUUCUCAGACAGAUGUUCGGUCCAAGUGCUGAUAAGGUGAAAGUGGAAAACAAGAACUGGAAAAUUGAUGCUGGGACAAGAACAAUCGAUGUAGAACUCACUACAUUGUCAAGCACAUACCAUGUUGAACUAAGCCCUGGUGAUGCGGGAUUUCAGGAUCGUUAUGUUGUUCAAGAGGUAAUCAAGGAAAUGGCGAAGAACCGGCCUAUCGACACUAAAGGGAAGAAAGGUUUCAAAGUUCUUGUGCUAAAUGAAGUCGACAAGCUCUCAAGAGAAGCCCAACACUCUCUCCGAAGAACAAUGGAGAAGUAUAGUUCAUCCUGCCGACUCAUUCUGUGCUGUAACAGCUCUUCCAAGGUUACUGAAGCUGUUCGCUCUCGGUGUCUAAAUAUGCGAGUAAAUGCACCAAAGGAAGGAGAGAUUGUCGAGGUGUUGGAUUUUAUCGCCAAAAAAGAAGGAUUGCAACUUCCACCUGGUUUUGCUGAUCGCAUAGCACAACAGUCUAAUCGGAGCCUGAGGAGGGCAAUAUUGUCAUUUGAAACUUGUCGUGUCCAACAGUACCCUUUUACCGCAAAUCAAGCAAUACCUCCCAUGGAUUGGGAGGAAUAUGUUUCGGAGAUAGCAUCCAGCAUAUUUAAGGAGCAGAGCCCGAAACGGUUGACUGAAGUCCGAGGAAAGCUGUACGAGCUGCUCGUCAAUUGCAUUCCUCCUGAAAUCAUUUUAAAGAGGUUGCUUUUCGAGUUGUUGAAAAAAUUGGAUUCUGACCUAAAGCACGAGAUCUCUCGUUGGGCCGCAUACUAUGAGCAUAGGUUGUGUCUAGGACAGAAAGCGAUUUUCCAUCUCGAAGCAUUUGUGGCCAAGUUUAUGAGCAUCUACAAGGGCUUCCUGAUCGAGACAUUCGGCUGAGGUAUGAUGAUUUUUACCGUUGAAGAUGUGCAAUUAGUUCAUGAAGGUUUGUGUACAAGAAAAGACAUGCUUUUAGGUAUGUUUGUUUAAACUUGCUUUCCAUUUUUUGCUUGAAUGGAUGCGGUUGGUCUCUUUUAACACAAAUCAUCGAUUUUACGUGUUCGAAUAGUCAAACGAGCUGAACUGAACCGAGCUUUGUUAAAGCAGUUUGGGAGGGCCUUUGUGUUUGAUUAACUUUAUGAAUUUUAUUAAUGGAUUUUUGACACUAA